AUGGCAGAUUCAGACUCGGAAGAAGGAUUGACAGGGGAAGAGAUGCAGCAGCAGGAGGAAGUCGAGCCGCCGCCAAAACGAGCCAAGCAAGAUGCCUCUAACCCAAAGCGCCACAUGAAACCAUCACCACAUUCAGUCGCAAAACUCAUGGCUCCCAAGCCAAAGCCCGCUCCAAAGCCUCCCGGCUCACGGCCUCACUUGUUCAAGAACCGCAUGGCGCUGGGCGCAUACAUUGCCCAUCCGGAAUCGUAUCCUGCGUCCGUCGUCAUCUACCACAACGCAGACUUUGUCGUCAUCCACGACAAGUUCCCCAAGGCGACGGUGCACACGCUGCUGCUGCCGCGGUCCGCCCGGCACAGCCUAUUGCAUCCCUUUGAGGCGCUGGAAGACGAGCAGUUUCUGGCCAAGGUGAGGAUUGAAGUUGACAAGCUGAAGGUGCUUGCGGCGGGGGAGCUGCAGCGGCGAUUGGGCAUGUUUAGUCGGGCUGAUGCCGCGAGGGAGGCGGUGCUGAAUGGCGAGACGGAGGUGCUGGAUGAUGGGGAGCAAACAAAGGGCGAGACGGCAGCAACAACAGAAGAUGGAGGACAAGACAAGGACAAACGUGACGGCCGUCGAGAGGAGCUAAGACUGCCGUUCGGAAGAGACUGGGCCGCCGAGAUCAAGUGCGGCGUGCACGCAGUCCCCAGCAUGGGCCACCUGCACAUCCACGUCUUGUCGCGGGACAUGCACUCGCCGGCCAUGAAGCACCGCAAGCACUACAACUCGUUCAACACGCCGUUCCUGGUGGACGUGGCCGACUUUCCGCUCAAGGGCGCCGAUCUCAGGAGGGGUUCGAGGGAAGAGGGGUUCAUGAGGCGGGAUCUGGUCUGCUGGCGGUGCGGGAAGAAUUUUGGGAAUCGGUUCAAGGAGUUGAAGGAGCAUCUGGAGAGGGAGUUUGAGGAGUGGAAGAGGGAGUGAUGUGAUGAUGGAUAGGCAGGUAUGGACAGUAUCCAUUCGACACGUAAUUCAUAUAUGAUGCAUGAAUCCCUCAGAGAUGCAAGUCCAAAAGUAUGCAGAGAGAGAAACAAAGAGACAGAAUAUAAACCAUUUGAUGGUUAUUUUCAUCAUCGUUGCGCACAGAAGUUAGUUUCAUAUGUGAUGGAUACUCGUGAUAAGGCUCUGCAUGCAGAUGGAAUAGAUAGAUGUAGCUGGCAGAUAUCCCGUCGCCUCAUGCCAGGGCCCUCCCUCCUCAUCCAGCUGAAAGCAAAGGUCGUCGUCAAAUCCAUUAAUAAUACAAUUCGGAGCUCCCAAAAAACGCCCGCCGGUCCAAGUUGUUCUUCAUCUCAUCACCGCUUCGCUCUCUCUCUCUCUCUUGUAUGUCAGCCCUGAGAAUAUCACCACUUCCUCCUCGCGGAUGCCCUCUUUUUAUUUCGGCCUCGUCAUACGCACAUACACACAAGCACAAAAAGCCAUCCAAAUUACAAAGAGCCCGACUCAGCUCAGUUCGCGCUCCAAACCGAGGCCUCAUUCAUCGUCAUUGUCAUAGUCCACCUGGUCCUCCUGUAACGAAGAAGAAGGAAUAUUGCAACCAGAAUCAGCCAAUCAUGUUCUUGAUACGUGAGAGCCACGCCGGUGAUGUGAAUGAUGAUGAAGGACCGACCUCGUAUUCGGGAGACUGCUGCGGCGUGAGGGCCGAUCUGGCCCCGGUGCGCGCAUCACUUGCCACGUCUACAAGGGAGAAUUGGGAAUCGCGUGAGUGGUCCGUCUCUUUGAUGAUUUUGGAGAUUUAUGUGCUUUUGCGUUGGCGACGGUUGGACUUACCACCGAUGCCUGGCUGAUUACUGGCAGCGUCGUCCUCGGCCUCAGCCUCAACAUUGGCCUCGGACUCUGCGGUCGCUGCCUGGUCGUCGUCGUCCUGGGUCUGCGUAACGUCCGACUUGCGCGGCCUGCCCCGACGCUUCUCGCCCGGCGCCAAUGGCGGCAGCACCUUCUUGGCCGCCUUUGCCCUUGCCUGUGCUCCCUUCUUGCCGCUGCCCUUGGGCCUUCCUCGCGGCUUGCCGGUGGGCACAUAGGGCUUUGCGGGGGAUUUUGAGGUUACGCCCUUGGGCCGGCCGCGACCGCGACCCGGGGUCUUCUUCACGCCAGCAUCUUCGGUGGCCUGGUGGGUGAUGUCUGUGGAUGCGUUGUUCGCCGCCUUGGCGUCCUCCUUGGUGCGCGCCAUCGGGGGCCGUAUGUUUGCUUUUCUUGCGACAGAAGAGAUUGGGAACUGCGGAAAAAGGGGGUGCAGAGGUAUUCGGGUCGUGGAACCUAGUUGCCACGGGAGGGAGAUGAAUUGCAAUGUUUGUGAGGGUGCUUGGCUGGUUGGUUGGUUUGGUAUGAGGAGAAGGAAAAUAAAAGAAAAAAAUUCUGGGGAAAAAAACGGGUGAUGCUGAGAUACGCGACUUUGUGCGUGACGAGAGACGGAACAA